ACAACAGUGUUAUGGAAGCGUGUACCACCAAUGGUAAGCAACGAAAGAUACAACAGUCAUCAUCUUCACAAGUCUCGACUAAACAAAACAAUCUUCCAUCUCUCUCACCUGAAAACCCUAACAACCUUCCCGCAAAUGGCGCGUAAAUCCUCCGUCCUCCAACGAGCGGCCAUCGCCGUGGUCUCCGUAAUCGCCAUCUACGCCAUCCUCAACGCCUCCGUCAGCCGCUCCCUCCCUUCCUCAUCCGAUCUCCCGCGUCAGCUCAUCCGCGAAGAAGAAAGAGAACUCAAAGCUCCGAUCCAGCCCAAAGUCAAGGUCUACAUGUACGAUCUCCCCAAGAGAUUCACCUACGGCAUGAUCGAGCAGCACGCCAUCGUCCGCGGCGGCGGCGGCGGGCUGGAGAAGAAGCCCCUUGACGUCACCGCGCUCAAGUACCCGGGUCACCAGCACAUGCACGAGUGGUACCUCUUCUCGGAUCUAAACCGACCCGAAUCCGAUCGAUCCGGGUCUCCCAUCGCCCGCGUCCUUGAUCCCGCCGAAGCCGAUCUCUUCUUCGUCCCGGUGUUCUCUUCCCUAAGCUUGAUCGUUAACGCGGGUCGCCCCGUGGAUCCCGGAUCCGGUUACAGCGACGAGAAGAUGCAGGAUGGGCUGAUCGAUUGGCUCGAGCGUCAGGAGUGGUGGAGGAGGAACGGAGGGAGGGAUCACGUGAUACCCGCGGGCGAUCCGAACGCGUUGUAUCGGAUCAUGGACCGGGUCAAGAACGCUGUUCUGCUGGUUGCGGAUUUCGGGAGGUUGGGGCCUGAUCAAGGAUCGUUUGUUAAAGAUGUGGUGAUACCUUACUCUCAUAGGGUUAAUAUCUUCACUGGGGAGAUAGGUGUUGAGUCUCGUAACACCUUGCUCUUCUUCAUGGGUAAUCGUUACCGCAAAGAUGGUGGGAAGGUUCGUGAUUUGCUAUUCCAAGUACUUGAGAAGGAAGGAGAUGUGACGAUAAAGCAUGGAACCCAAUCGAGAGAGAAUCGACGAGCUGCUACGAAAGGAAUGCAUACUUCUAAGUUCUGUUUAAACCCUGCUGGUGAUACUCCAUCCGCUUGCAGGCUCUUUGACUCUAUUGUUAGCUUGUGUGUUCCCGUGAUCGUCAGCGAUAGCAUCGAGUUGCCUUUCGAGGAUGUUAUAGACUACAGAAAGUUUUCGAUUUUUGUUGAGUCCAAUGUGGCUCUGAAGCCUGGGUUUCUGGUUAAGAAGCUGAGGAAGAUAGGAACUAAAAAGAUUUUGGAGUAUCAGAGAGAGAUGAAAUCGGUAAGACGGUAUUUUGACUAUGGGAACCCAAAUGGAGCAGUGAAGGAGAUCUGGCGUCAAGUCUCACAGAAGCUACCACUCAUCAAGCUGAUGAGCAACCGCGACAAACGCCUCGUUCUGAGAAACUCAACUGAACCAGACUGCUCAUGUCUAUGCACAAACCAAACGGGUGUCAUCACUUCCAUUUAGAUAAGAUCUCUUUUUGUCUCUUGCGUGACACCGAUCAGAUUUGUGGAGGAGCUCCCUAACUCUAUCUCCUUCUCAACUUCUUGGCCCCGAGACUUGCUGCACCUGCCGAUGUCCGCCCUCUCGUGGCUUGACUUUUCCAGUCAGGAAACAGAUUCAUUAGGAAGAUAUAUUUUGAAAUCCUUCUUUUUUUUCUUCUGUAGAUUCCAUUAGUUUUUAUCGUACUUGAUAUUCUCACACUUUAUACGGACCGACCAUCCAUUCUUUUUUA